AUGACACAAAUUCUAUCGAAAUCUAGUGGAGGUGUUCUUCAGAUUCCUGUAUCCGCGACUCAGAAGAAUGCACCCGCAGCCAAGAAGGCCCCGAAGCCAGCAGCCCCGCGGUUAAAGCUACUUGUACGGCGCUUGCCUCCAGGCUUGACGCAGGAGGAGUUCGAGACAGCGAUCGGCGAUGAAUGGAAACUUGGAAGCGGGAAAGUCAGUUGGAGUCAGUACAAGCCUGGAAAGGUAUCAAAAGAUCCAGCUAAGCCGUCUCGACCUUCUCGAGCAUACCUCUACGUCGUUUCUAGCGAGCAUAUUGGACCUCUCUCUGAUAAGGUCAGGGCGACGUCUUUCCUAGACGCCCGUAACACAGCCAGCGAUCCGGUACUCUUAGGCCCUCCGAACUUAGAAUUUGCACCGUACGCCAAAAUUCCUGGAAGCCGUGUUCGCAAAGAUGCUCGCCAGGGAACCAUCGAUCAGGAACCAGAGUUCUUCCAGUUUCUCGAAAGCCUCACCCAGCCUAUUGCAAAAUCUGGCCCUGUUGAGUCCACCGCUGAGGGCGAGGACAAGAAGGAGACUAUAACAACCACACCACUGGUGCAGUACAUCAAAGAAAAGAAAGCCAACAAGGCGAAGGAAGCCUCGAGCCGAUCAUCAAGACACAAGUCUGACAAGGAUUCAAAAUCCGAAAAAGUUCAAUCGAAAAAGCUUCUCCAACGGCCCGACAAGGAAGCUACGGUUGGCGGUAGUGAGAAGGCGGAGAAGAAAUCAAGAAGCGACAAAGCUACUAAAGAGGCCGUGAAAGCCGCGAACAAGCAGGCUGCUAAUUUGGCUUCGAAGCAGGGCUCUAAGGCCUCUACGGCGCAAAAUUCGCCGAAAGAAACGACACCAGCGCCUGAUCGAAAGAGAGAGCGCGGAAAUGCUGCUGCAGCCGCAAAGAUAUUGCAACGAGAUUUGGGACUUGCGCCAUCCAGUAACCGUCGAAGGGGCAGACGGGGAGCGGCUGGAGAUGACGAAACUAAAACCGAUGGAAGCACAAAUGCAGAGGCCAGCAAGAAGGAUACGCCCGCCAAGUCACCAAAGGGAAGCUCAGCUCAGGACUCAAAGGCUAAGGGAGGCAACACCCCUCAGCCUAGCGAGGCAUCAUCCACCCAACGAUCCGAAACUAGUACAUCCGCACAAACCACUCCUACCUCAGGAAGAGCUCCCAAAUCCGGGAAAGGAAAACAGGCUUCGACGGCGACGACACCAGCACCCACACCUACAGCCACUCAAGCAUUCCUCAAGCAUGCCAAUCCAUCCCAGGGGGUGACGGAACCGCUACUCGAAACCGCCUUCUCGCCUUUUGGGAAAGUCGUUAAGGUGGAAAUCGACAAGAAGAAAGGCUUUGGAUAUGUUGAUUUUGCCGAGCCCGAUGGGCUGCAGAAAGCUAUCGCUGCCAGCCCUGUGACCGUCGCCCAAAGCCAAGUUGUUGUUCUUGAGAGGAAAGCGAACCCGGGCGCCGAGAAAGGACGCGGAAAAGGUCGUGGCGAAGCCAAACAGCCUGCCCCUAGCACAGAUGCCAAUGCCAACCGCGGUGGGAAACCUAACGAGGGAGGCUCAGGCGGCAACUCGUCUUCUCGUGGACGACGCAGUGGCCGAGGGAACAAGGGUGGUUCCAAAGGGAACGGAGGCAGUGGCGGCGGCGGUGGUGGUAUUGCAAACGCAUCGGAGAGCAAGAAUGCGGAAACGAAAUGA